CAAGAUCUGUCAGUCCCGUCGUGGGAUUAGCCGGGUGCGCGUUUUAUCGCGUUUUUCUGGACCCAAAUAAAAGUUUAUUCACUCACUCACGCUGUGCCGAGCAUCGUGUCGCAGAAGACAAAGAAGCUGUCAAUUCGAUCGCACGCGGCCCGUGCCUCUAGGCAACGACGGUUUCUCGAAUCAGCUGCGGCUGCCACGUGCUGUGAAGAACAUAGCCGGCGAGUGGUCGCAUUGGGGCGGUGUUUUCGGUCGUCUUGGAAGCGUCGCACUUGGUCUCUGGUGAAGCGGCCACCAUGGCUUGCUACUGCGAGUACGUACUGACGGCCAGCGGGAUCCUGAAGCUGUUCCAGAUGGUCGUUGGCGCCGGCAUCGUGUUCCUGCUGAGCGAAGGCCGCCUGGACGCCAACUGCUACCUGUCCAUGCGCCUGGACGCAUUCAUCCUCUUCAUCGCGUCCAUCGUCUUCUUCUUCAACGCGCUACUCAUACUCAUCUGCGUGCUGGUCGGCGCCCUGGAGAUUCCAGGUUCGACGGUGUACCGGAUGAACUACUUCCUGGCCACCUUCAUCCACGUGCCGACCAGCAUCGCGUACCUGUGCAUCGAGACGCGCACGGGCGUCUACGUCCAGGGCUCCAUCGCCGGCGCGCUGGGCAUCCUCAACAGCCUCAUGUUCCUCGCGAACGCCGUCAUGGCCUACCACCCGCGCGUCGUCUGAGAAUAAAACGCCCGCCGCGGGCGCGUAUCGCCGACCGAGCGUAAAUGAGCCACGUGACUAAUUUGUCAUCUCUCUAUAUAGGCGUAGUAAUAGUAUACCGAUACAUAACUCUAAAUAAACGUUGCGUUCCGCUUCCUUUUAGGUGUCCUUUACUUCACGUGCGGUAAGGCUUUCAGGGUGCACCGAAAAGGUGUUGCGAGAGUGCACGAUGCAGUCCUUAGCAUGAUAGAUGAUUGUGUCAUUGUUUGGGGUCAAGAUAAGUUAAAUUAAGUUCUGGGUCUUUGCGUGCCCAAUAUGAUUAUGA